UGAAUCGUAUGUAAUUUUUAAAAUAUGAAAUAGAUUUGUAAAGCUUCAGAAAGGCUCUCACACUUGAGAGAACUGACUUGGGAACAUUGCCUAGACUAGGCUUCCAUGAUCAGACCCAGAUCAACUCUUUCCAGUACAUCUUUUCAAAGAUCAAGGGGAAAAGGAGAAACGGUGAACAUACAGUUUGUCUCUGUGCUCUCUUAGGUCCCACUCAGGACAGCUGUACCUUACUCAUUUUUACAGAAAGUUGCUGGAAUUUAUUUAGGGAACUGCAUAAACUUCAGCUGAACAACAAUAUUCUUUUCCUUUACUUAGGUGGAAAGGAUCUAUUUUUGACUGAGGAACAGAAAAAGUACUAUAAUGCCCUAAAAACACUUGGAUCCAAGAAACCUCAAAAACCCAUCCCAAGACCACCGAAUGCAUUCCUGGGAUUGCUGUUUGAUAUCGUAAUGCACAAAGCAUUUGACAUCAUCAUCAUGAUUUUCAUCUGCCUAAAUAUGUUUGUUAUGAUGGCAGAAAAUAACCAGGAAGGCACCAAGGAAGUUCUUAAUAAAAUCAACUAUUUUUUUGUGGCUGUAUUUACGGCGGAAUGUGUCAUAAAAAUACUGGCCUUAAGACAGCAUUACUUCAAAAGCAUCUGGAACUUGUUUGAUCUUAGUGUUGUGGUCCUUUCAAUAGUCAGUAUUGGAGUUUCUGAAGCCUUUCAAAAAUUCAUCUCUCCUACACUUUUGAGAACUAUUCGUUUGGUGCGAAUUGGCCGAAUCCUGAGAUUGGUUCGAAAAGCAAGAGGAAUUCAAACACUUGUCUUUGCAUUACUGAUGUCUCUUCCUGCACUGGUCAACAUUAGCCUUUUGCUUUUCCUAAUUAUGUUCAUUUAUGCCAUUGUGGGCAUGGCAAACUUUGCCUGUCUUCCCUGGGAAGGUGGGAUUGAUAACAUUUUCAACUUUCAAACCUUUUCUGGUAGCAUUCUCUGUCUCUUCCAAAUUACAACAUCAGCUGGCUGGGAUACUCUUUUGGCCCCUUUGUUAAGUGAAUCUGGUACAUGUGCUCCCAACUUAAAUUUAACAGAGACAGAUAAAACUACUUGCAAAAAUAGAGCAUUUGGUAUUUUUUAUUUUGUAAGCUAUGUCAUUAUAUCUUUUCUCAUUGUUGUAAAUAUGUACAUAGCUGUCAUUUUAGAGAACUUCAAUAUUGCCACUGUAGAAAGCACAGAUCCUCUUUGUGAGGAGGACUUUGAUAUGUUUUAUGAGACCUGGGGAAAAUUUGAUCCUCUGGCAACACAGUUUAUUGACUAUUCUGCUCUUUCAGACUUUGCAGAUGCUCUGGCAGAACCCUUGCGCAUUCCAAAGCCCAAUAACAUCCAGCUCAUAUCCAUGGACCUCCCUCUAGUGAGUGGAGAUAAGAUCCACUGCUUGGAUAUCUUGCUUGCUUUCAGUAAACGAGUCUUGGGAGAAUGUGGAGAUUUUGAUACACUUAAAUUACUGAUUGAAGAAAAAUUUGUGGCUGCCAAUCCAUCAAAAAGAUCUCACAGGCCAAUUUCUUCUACAUUUAAGAGAAAACAAGAGGAGGUAUCAGCAGUUAUUAUCCAAAGGGCCUUCAGGAGGUAUUUGAUACAGUGUUCUUUCAAAAGUACAUCUUUCUUAUGCCGUCACAGACAGACCAGUGCUGUCUUUGGAGAAGAAACGCGGGAGAAGCAAAGGCUUAUUGUAUCAAUGCUUAAUGAAAGUAGUGGCAGGAAGAUACAUAAAUCACGGUCUGUUUCUUCCACAUCUCUCCCUUGACUUUAUGAUGCUGUUGCUGAAACCAAUAAGCUGGGCACAUAAGGUUACCCCAGGCUGCAGCAUUUUUGACAUUUAAAGCAAAGUGACUGAUUUUCAGAUGGAGACAAUUCGUGAAUCCCAGAGCAUAAUACUCUGAAUUUAGAAUAAUGAUGGCAGCCUUCAAGCAUUGUGAUUGUUCAAAUUUGCAAAUUCUCCUUAAAAUCAUUAAGAUCUGAACAACUAUGUCGUAAAUAUUGGAGGAAUAUCAAACCAUAGAACGUUUUUGUCUGUUACUGGAGUAGGUGGGUUAAUUUUUUCACCUGCCAGUUUUGUCCUAGUUCAUGUGUUUAUGGAAGAAAUCCAUAAAACAUCAGUUGUGAGCAUAGAUUUAUAAACACACAAGGCUCUAGAAUAAUGUAUAUGUCUUUAGAGAUAAUCAGUAUUUCCAACUAGGCUUUAUUGUAGCAAAAUUAACUAAUUACUACACUUCUGUAAUAGAGCUCAUUCAGGACACUCGAGUAUAAUCAGCCUCUAACUUUGAUGGUUUUGGGACCAUCCUCCUCCUAGCAUGUUUGGGUGGAUUUGUUUAUGCUUAAGAAUUUUGGAGGUGUCUUUAUAUGUGCACCUAAAUGGAUUUAGCAGAUCAUCCUCAGUUGCCUGUGCAUAAAAGUUGUACAUAAUUUGUUCUUUGUCUCAAUCAGUGUAUGAAAAUCAUAGGUACCAAAAUCAAAGGAUGUUAUACAAGGGGUAUUGCUUCCAGAAAAUCUUGAGAAUCAUUGUACAUAAAUUUUCAUCAUCAUCCAAAUGUCAUAGAAAGCAUUACUUAGUAUUCUGAAAAGGAGUUCAUGGUAUAUCUUAUGAGACAACAUUUAAUAAAAAGUAGGGGAAGCAUUUAUUUGAUUGAUUCUGAAAAAAAAUGCAUGAACAAUGUGUAAUAAUAUUUUAGCGAUUCUUUUGCAGUUUGGGUAUUCAGAUGAAGUGUCAUGGUGGAUUCAGGAUCACUAAUGAAA